GGCGUGUCCCCACCCACUCUCUGCCCCCCAAGCUCCUGGUGCCAUGGGGUGGGAAGGAGGAGAUCCCGUGUGCAGCUCAUUGCUGCGUGUGCAGCACUGGGAGCCCUCAUCCUCGUGCUGGUGGUGAUAUCGACCGUGUGUUGGCGGGCCCCCAUCCCACCUUUCCCAGCCUUUGCCCACGUGUGCCCCAACGCCUGGGUCGGAUUCCAGGGGAAAUGCUAUUAUUUAUCGAAGGAGGAGAAUGAUUGGAACAGCAGCAGGGAGCACUGCAAUGCCCACGGAGCUUCCCUGGCCACCAUAGGCAGUGCGGAGGAGAUGGAUUUCAUGAUGCGCUUCCAGGGCCUGGCAAACUGCAGGAUUGGGCUUCACAGGGAAGAAGAGGACGCCCAGUGGAUGUGGAGCGAUGUCACAGCCUUCACCAACUGGUUUGAGCUGCGAGGUGGAGGCCGAUGUGCGUACCUGAACGGGGACAGGAUCAGCUCAUCCCUGUGCCACCUACACAAGCACUGGGUCUGCAGCAGAGCUGACCACUACGUCCUCUGGAAGCAAAAGGUGCACCCACAAUGAGAGAUCCCAUCACCACCAACCUUGUGCCAGUGCUGCUGUUGUAUUACAGUGUAUUAUCUUGCAGCCCGAUGUCCUUUCUAGUCAAUUACUUUGUUUCUGUUCA